GUACAAAAUCGAAGUAGCCGGCAAGAGUCUUCCCUCCUUAACCAAUUUGGAUAAGGGUCGUUAUGGCGUUAUAGUCUUUGAAAAUCUCGAUAAAUAUUUGCACAUGGACAAAUGGAAUCGUGAACUCUUAGACAAAUACUGUCGCGAAUAUUCCGUAGGCAUUGUGGGUUUUGUAAGUCCAAGUGAAGAGACUCUAGUGGCGGCACAACUUAAAGGAUUUCCUCUCUUUGUUCAUACAAAUCUAAGACUACGUGAUGCCAGUUUAAAUCCGGCUUCACCUGUACUGCGUUUAACUAGGGCUGGUGAAACAGCUUGGGGUGCCUUACCCGGUGAUGAUUGGACGGUUUUCCAACAUAAUCAUUCCACAUAUGAGCCCGUCGAAUGGGCUCAGCGUAAUAGUCAAGAUUAUCCUUCAGAUGCUGGCGGACAAGUCCAUCUGCCUUUGUCCACCGUCCUACAAGAUCAUGGUCAAUAUGAUGGCAUAAAGCGCAUAUUCUUUGGCAGUAGUUUGAAAUUUUGGCUUCAUCGCUUACUGUUUCUAGAUGCCCUAUCCUAUUUAAGUCACGGUCAAUUAAGUUUGAACUUGGAGCGCAUGAUUUUAGUGGAUAUAGAUGAUAUAUUUGUGGGUGAAAAAGGCACUCGUCUUAGGCCCGAUGAUGUUAGAGCUUUGGUGGCUACACAAAAAAUUAUAGCUGGCAUGGUGCCUGGUUUUCGCUUUAAUUUAGGCUUCUCAGGGAAAUACUAUCAUCAUGGUACUAGAGAGGAAAAUCUGGGUGAUGAUUUUCUACUGCAAAAUGUUCAAGAAUUCAAUUGGUUUUCACACAUGUGGAAACAUCAACAACCGCAUUUGUAUGAUAAUGUCACACUACUCAUGUCGGAGAUGCAACUUAAUCAUGCCUUUGCCGUGGAACAUAACAUACCCACGGACUCGGGUUACUCCAUAUCGCCACAUCAUUCAGGUGUCUAUCCCGCCCAUGAAAUUCUCUAUGAAGCCUGGAAGAAAGUUUGGCAUAUAAAGGUGACCUCAACAGAGGAAUAUCCACAUUUAAGACCGGCCCGCUUAAGAAGAGGUUUCAUACAUCGCAACAUAAUGGUGCUGCCGCGUCAAACAUGUGGUCUCUUUACCCACACCAUGUACAUAGAUCGUUAUCCUGGAGGUAGAGAUAAACUGGAUGAAUCCAUUCAAGGUGGUGAACUGUUCCAGACUAUAGUCUAUAAUCCUAUUAAUAUCUUUAUGACACACAUGUCAAACUAUGGUUCCGAUCGUUUGGCUCUGUACACCUUUCAGUCGGUGAUUAAAUUUCUACAAUGUUGGACCAAUCUCAAAUUGGCCUCAGCUCCUCCCAUCCAAUUGGCCGAAAUGUACUUUCGUCUACACCCCGAAGAGGUAGAUCCCAUAUGGGGUAAUCCCUGCGAUGAUCCCAGACAUCGUAAGAUCUGGUCGAAAACCAAAAGUUGUGAUUCCCUGCCAAAAUUCUUAGUUAUUGGUCCACAAAAAACUGGCACCACCGCUUUGUAUACAUUCCUCUCAAUGCACUCGGGCAUUGUUAGCAACAUACCCAGUCCAGAUACUUACGAAGAGGUACAAUUCUUCAAUGGCAAUAAUUACUAUAAAGGCUUAGAUUGGUAUAUGGACUUCUUUCCCGCCGAAGUGAAUACCACUGUAGCACCCAAUUCCAGUCCACGUUAUAUCUUCGAAAAGAGUGCCACCUAUUUUGAUGGCGAAAUGGUGCCGAAACGCGCACACGCUUUACUGCCACAUUCGAAAAUUGUAACGAUUUUAAUAUCACCAGCUAAAAGAGCUUAUUCAUGGUAUCAGCAUCAGAGGGCCCACGGUGAUACUAUUGCAAAUAAUUAUAGUUUUUAUCAGGUCAUAACGGCAUCUGAUUCGGCACCAAAAUCACUCAGGGAUUUACGUAAUCGUUGCCUUAAUCCUGGUAAAUACGCACAACACUUGGAACGUUGGCUCUCGUAUUAUCCUGCCCAACAGUUGCACAUCAUUGACGGUGAGCAAUUGCGUCUCAAUCCAGUGGAUGUGAUGAAUGACCUGCAACGUUUUUUGAAAAUACAACCGGCCUUUGACUAUUCCAAUCAAUUGCGUUACGAUGUGAAGAAGGGUUUCUUUUGUCAGGUGGUGAAUGAGAAACGCAAUAAAUGUUUGGGCAAAUCAAAGGGUCGUCAAUAUCCGCCCAUGGAUGAACGUAGUGCUAAAUUGUUACAAAGAUAUUAUUUAAGUCAUAAUACAGCUUUAGUGAAACUUUUAAAGAAACUCGGAGCACGUCCCAUUCCACAGUGGCUUAAAGAUGACCUGUCAACGGGUACGUGAUAGCAGCAGCACAAGUUACGUAAAUUGCGUGCAAGAUUAAGAAAACAAUUGCAACGAUUGUUAAUCUUUAAGCCAACAUCAUUACAACUACAACUACAACAGCAACAACAAAAACCACUUGAAGAAAUUCACGAAAUUCAUCAACAGAAGUCACACAACAAUCACUAUAACAACAUAAACCAC